AUGUGCAAGGCACGCCAGAGGGAGAGGCUGCGUGUUCGUCGCUAUACCGGACCAACGAGACUGGUUCCAACAACGGCGGUGCGUCUGCUACUCGGCUACACUCAGACCGAACGAGAACUUGAACAAGCAAAGAUAGCCUUCCGCCAAGCCGAAUGGCAUUAUUGGCCGGGAUGGCACAGUCCAGCGUACCAAGCUUGUUGCUCCCAACCCACUUUGGGGCCGCGCCGGUGGAGGUCUGGAGACGAGCCUGAAGACUGGAGAAAGCGAGAGAGACUCAAGCUUCCAAGAGACGAUUCCCCAUCUUCUUCUCCCACCUCCUCGUUUACCCCCAGAGCCCAAAAUGUGCCGCGCCAACACCCCCGCCCUCUUCGCUACUUCGUACGGAGUACAGCUGCCACACCACGCUAUCUUCGGCCGACGUCCUAA